ACUAAUGUUAGUCAGAUCAUUAGCUGUGCCAUACAAUAACUAAAUUUGCAAUAUUAUUUUGGCUCAUAGCAGUGAAAUAAAAUUUAAAUAAAUGGCAGCAGUUUUGAAGAAAAGAGCUUUGGCUGAAUAUAAUAAAUCGUUUCAGGAUGGUCCAUCUUCUAAAAAGCUACACCUAGCUAAGAAACCCCUCAUUGGUAGUUCUGCCGCUGCAUUCGUAGGGUUGCUGGAGAAAUGCAAGUCGAGUGAUGAGGCUCUUCAAUUACUUCUUCGCAUCUCAGAUUGUCUCCAGUUCCAAGAGUCAGAUGUAGAGGAAGCUAUUAAGAAACUGUCUGAACAUUUUCAAUCCGAAGAAGAGUCUGUGGUGAGGGUAAAAAUUCUGUGGCUGUUCUGUGAUAUUGGACUAGAAUGUCCCGGGGCCAACCUAAACAAUUUGAUUGAUGAAACUAUUCAUUUGAUAAAAAACGAAACUUCCCAUAAGGUUAUAGCCCAAGGUAUAGCAACAUUACUGAAACUAGGUAGCAAACUUAGUGAGGAUAAGAUUCUCAUGAACCGACUGGUAACUGUUGCCAGAGACAAUCUUAAAGAUACAAGCCACCAAGUCAAAUGUAGGUGCUUGCAGCUUAUCAGUGAACUGUAUCCAAUUUGUCCUGAGCCUGAUAGGACAGCUGAAAUGAUAGCAGAGGCCAAUGUUAUAAUCAAAUUACUUGGAGACUAUAGCAAUGCAGAGGAUGCAAGAGUGCGAUGUGAAGCAUUCCAAUCACUACUGACAUUACAUGAGCGUGGUGUUACUCUCAGUGCAGACUUGUAUGAACCAGUGUGUGCAGCUCUUUCAGACGACUAUGAAAUUGUAAGAGAGGUGGCUCUCAAGCUUGUGUGGUUGUUGGGCAACAAGUACCCAGAAAAUUCAGCCACCUUACAAGAUGGAGAAACGACGAUUAGACUAGUCGAUGACGCGUUCAUCCGCAUCUGUUCGGCCGUUAACGAUUUGUGCAUGCAAGUGCGGGCGCUCGCUUGUUCGUUGCUGGGAACAACCCGAGCAGUGUCCGACCGCUUUUUGUUGCAAACACUUGACAAGCAACUCAUGAGUAAUAUGAAGAAGAAGCGCACGGCGCACGAGCGCGGCGCGGAGCUGGUGCGCUCGGGCGCGUGGGCGAGCGGCCGGCGCUGGGCCGACGACGCGCCCGGACAGCUGCUGGAGCAGGCCGCCGUGCAGCUGCUGCCCGGGGGCGCCGCCGGGGCCUUCGUGCACGGCCUGGAGGACGAGCUCAUGGAGGUUCGCACGGCAGCCGUAGAAGCUGUAUGUCAGUUGUCGAUGGAAAAUCCCGUGUUCGCGACCACGUCACUGGACUUCCUCGUGGACAUGUUCAACGACGAGAUAGAAGACGUGAGGCUGCGCGCCAUCGACAGCCUGACGCGGAUAUCACACCACAUAGUGUUGAGGGAGGACCAAUUGGAAAUUAUUCUCGGGGCUUUGGAGGACUAUUCAAUGGACGUCAGAGAAGGUUUGCACAGAAUGUUGGGAUCCUGUACAGUUGCUUCAAAGACAUGCCUUGAAAUGUGCAUCGACAAAAUAUUAGAGAAUCUCAAGCGGUAUCCACAGGACAAGCGGUCGACCUUCCGCUGUGUUCAGCGAAUGGGCAGCAAGCAUGCAACCCUCGUGUUACCGCUCACCACGCGCCUGCUCGCUGUCCAUCCGUUCUUCGACAUGCCCGAACCAGACGUCGAGGAUCCAGCUUACAUGUGCGUGCUGGUGCUGGUGCUGAACGCGGCGGCGCACUGCACCACCAUGCUGCCGCUGUUCGAGGAGCACACCGUGAAGCACUACACCUACCUGCGGGACACCAUGCCGCACCUUGUGCCGCAUCUACCCAUCGGUGACGCGCAACAGUCUCGCAACGAGAACGACGAAACAGAGAUAGACGAUAGUGCGGUUCGUCGGUUCUUCGACUCUGUAUUGCAACACAUCGACAAUGUCACACUUUCCACGUCAGUACGGCUGAAAAUGCUACAAUCAGCGGAGGAGCAACUUAAUAAGUUAUCAGAAAUGGAGCCGAUGGUAUCCGGAGCGGCGAACUUCACGGCGUUGUUUGCGCGUUGCGUGCUGUCGCUGCACACCGCGCUCAGCGCCACCAACGGGCCGCCCGCGCACGCGCUGCAGCAGCUCACCACUGACUGCCUCAGACUUCAGCACCAGUUCAGCGGCGUGUCGGAGCAGGAGACAGCGUGCGUGUGGCAGCUGUCGCUGCGCGUGUGCGGCGCGCGCGUGGUGGCGGCCGUGCAGAGCGCGUGCGUCGCCAACACCGGCACCGGCAACAGCGCCAGCAGCGCCGCCGCCGCCGCCGCGCUCGCCGCCGCCGCCGCCCUCGCGCAGCACGCCGAGCUGCUCGACCGCCUGCUGGCCUCGGCGGGUGUAGAACCAGAUCCGUUCACAAUAGCAGUGUUCCAGCAAUUAUCUCAGAGUGGAGAACAUAAGCCUUCGACACUGGCACGUACCAUUCAGCCAUUAUUAUUGGCUGCACCUCUACCCGUCAUACCGAAACCUAACCUUAAGAUACGGAUGUGCUCAGCCAGUAUCAUUGAGCCCGCGACUGACAACGACACAGUGUUGCGGUUCUGCGCGGGCCUCAUUACAGGCGUGGCUCUGGAAGCCGAGGUCGUGCGCGUGCGCGACCCAAGCGCGCUGCGCGUGCGCGUCGCCUACCCCGACACGCGCGUGCACGCGCUGGUACCGCCGCGCGACCAUCUGCGGCCUCUCGACCACACCAACACUAAUGAUGAUGGUACCCAAAAUGUCCGCCUGCUCACGAAAGUUUUGAUAUCACAUGGAGUAUGGACAGAACCAUGCGGUGUGGACAUAUCAGUGUGCCUAGCAGUGGAGGAAGGUGGUGGUCGUGAAGCGGCACCCCUCGUGGAGCUAUGCAGACCUGUGCGAGUCACUGUUGCCCCUAAACCCAUUAAGAGAGGCAUAUAGAUUAAAACACCUUUACAGAUAUAAAAUGAUAUUUUGUAAUAAUAUUAAAGAAUUAUAAUUAUAUAAGUAUUUCUUAAGGUAUGUUCUGAAACAA